UUAAAAGACAACAGCUCAGCAACAAGUGUGUGUCAAGCCAAAGUAAACGCAGACUCCGGCUCUGUAAUCAUGAUUGCCUUCCUAUGUAUUGGAAUGUUAUUGAUUGGAUCUGGAGCUAAUGCAUUUAUUCAGGGAGGCCCGAGCCCACUUUCAGCCUAUGCCCUGCGGCUGGGACCCGGAGAAGAAAUACUCACGUCAUUGUUUAAAUUCGUGCAAGAGAAGAACCUAAAAUCUCCAUUUGUUUUGACUUGUGUGGGCAGUGUCACCAAAGCAACCCUCCGACUAGCUAAUUCCGACGCUCUGAAUACCAAUGAGAUCAUUUAUUUAAAAGAAAAGCUGGAGAUAGUUUCCUUGGUGGGAACACUGAAUGAAGGAGCACACCUGCACAUAUCGCUUGGUGACAAGGAUGGAAAGACCAUUGGUGGCCAUGCCAUAGGAGAUCUGGAGGUCUUCACCACAGCUGAAAUAGUUAUCGGAGAACUCAGCAACCUAGAAUUCACCAGGGAGAUGGAUGAACACACAGGCUUCCCAGAGCUAGUCAUUAGGCCUCGCUCAGAAAAUAUUACAGGCGUCUAGCUUUUAAAUUAUGUGCCAUUUUUGUUCAAGAAACUGAAUGAGAUAUAUUGGUUUCAGAUCAUGCCUUUAGGUUGCUCUUUGCAUUAUUCUAUUGAUUGCUGCCAUUUGAUCACGUACAACAUAAUCAGUCAUGUACAAAACAGACAAAGUAAAUUCAUUUCAGUAAAUUCUUUAAACGGCCAAUUAUUAAUUUGCCCUUUUAGCAUUAUUUGCUUUGAUUUUGUUUUUCUUCGACAUGGUUCCCCAAGGCUGUGCUGCAGGGAUUUUUUUUUUAACAAGACUGAUUGGCCCAUAGAGGCUACAGGACAAUGGCUGCAUCUCAGAGGGCUAAUGAAUGUACUGUUUGCUCAUCUUUACACAGUUACUAUAAGCCACUAAUUGGGAGGGACAGCUCAAACAAGCACAGAGGAGCAGUUGUCAGAUAAGCGUGACAUGGGUCUUAAGAAGCAGUUAAUGCGGCUUCAGUGCCUUGGCCUGCAGCAUACUAUUUACACAUAACAUACUCUAACUUAUUAGCUGGCUGAUGAAAUAAGGGAGGGCAAAGUCAUUCUGGUACUUUAUAAACCAUUGAAUUGCUGAUUCUGAGCUUUAGAAAUUCAGCUUGUGGAACCGUACUCGUUUGAAUGUGACUGAGAUACUGAGCCACCUGAUAAAGCCAGAGGCACUAUAUACAGUUAUUAGAGUGCAGUUGAUAAAAUUACAUAUGGUAGGAUCAAUACUGUCAAAAAGCCCAAGUUCAAUUGCACAAUUUUUGAAACAUUAAUAUGGGUAUCUACCUACAGAACACAGCCAACUGGUUUACCUCAUCUGUCUAUUAUAAUGUGGUUGUUGUUGUUUUAUUUCUGUUUCAUUCUUUUUCUUGUCUGACAUGUACUGUUUUAAAGCCCAUAUAUUUCUGUUUGACACACAAAAAUAAUUGCUUUAAAAGAUUUGAUUUUUCUUAAUUUACUCCAUUGAAUGUGUUUUGUACACUUUCUGAGAAUGAGUAUAAUAUAAUAGAAUAUACAGUAUAUUGCAAAUGGUGCACAGAGAGCAUCAUUCACUUAAAUAGUCAUGUCUGUGUGCGCCAGAUGCAUUAAUUAAGUCUGUUAAUGGCACCUUGCAACUGAUUUAGUUAUGCUCAGUAUUAGGCUUGAGAAAAGAACAACAUUGUACUUUUUGCAUGUGAAUUGGGUUUAAAUAAUGUGUUUUGAAAAAACACAUAAAGGGUAAGCAUAAUUGAUGCUAAUGUAAAAUCCUGUCAUACCCAUGCAAAAGUGUGUUAAGCAGACCAUACAUGAAAAGACCAUACAUGAAAGAUUCGCUUAUUUAGUGAGGUCGCCAAACGAGCAGAUCUUUCCCCGAUAUGCCCACCUUGAGGCGUGCAUUGGACUGAUCUAUAGGACAAAGCAAUUGGAUCAGAACAAUGGGGAUACAGGCUGUAGGAGUGAGGAAUGCAAAAACAAGCCAAUGCGUAAAGUAACAUGAUAGAGGCCCACUAGCAUAGCAGCAUAGACUAACUUACAGGUGCCAUUGUAUGCAACCACAAUUCAGAAACAAGUUUAGAGCUAAGGGUUAGGAGCAGGGUGUAACUAAGAAAUAGUCCCUUGAUGUUUUGACCUUUACUUAAACCAGAAUCCUUGAAGCAGUGUCACAAAACAAGGAGAUAAAUGGGCUUUUCAUUUUGCUAUCACGCACCUUACACUUCUCGUUUUAAUCAGCUAAUCUACAACUUAUCUUUUUCAUAAAAGCAAAUAGACCUGCAGUACAGUCCUUACAGUAGUGGUUCCCAGUGUCCCUCCUGGCAGAGUGUGGGGCAGUAGUGGGAAGGUAUGGGGGGCAUAGUUUGAAGACCAGUAAGGGUGGGAUUUGGGAGCAGUAGUCAUUUGCUCUCCUAGAUGCAAAUAAAAGCCCAGUUUGAUGUCAGUUCGGGUGAGAUAUGGAGUGCAUAUUCAUUUCCCGACCUACAUACUCUUGUAUGUAAUAUACCCAUAUAUUGUUCUAAUAUACCCAUAUUUUCCACCUAGCCAUAUCAUCAAAGUGGAAGAGCCCUGACCCACCCACUUUACCUGAAAUUAUUUAUAAAGUUGAUGCCAACAGAACUUUUGAAUCAGCCAUUGCAACUAUCCAAAAUGCAACAAAUCACUAUCUUAAUAUUUGGUCUCCAUGGUUACUGCAAGGCCUAGUCUCUAUGCCACCGUAAUACGCUUACUAUUAUGCAAACAUUGACCUGCUGUGAACAUAUCUAAUUAUUCCUCUCCUGUUAUUUAACUCACUUGCAUCCAGAUUAUUGUUCUGAAUAUUUUUUUUUUUAUCUAGCUGAUGGCUACACAGUAAAGAACAGAAUGCGGAUCAAUGCUACAUUUUAUGCAAUUUUAUGAAACAAUGACAUAUAAUGUGAACUGUUCUUAUAUGAUUUAUCGCGUUUGCAAAUUUUAAUAAAAGAUAAGUUACAAAAAAAAAA